AUGCUGCAAGGAGCCGAAACCCCUCAGGCGCAACCGCACUACAUCAUCACGCCCUUUGUUGAGCGCAAUAUGCUCAAUUUGGUCCGUGCAACAUCCACUCGACGAUUCCCAGUUCUUGUUCAAGGACCGACAUCUUCUGGUAAGACCAGUAUGAUCGAACACCUGGCAAAAUUCAGCGGGAACAAAUUCGUCAGAAUCAACAAUCAUGAACACACCGAUUUGCAGGAGUACCUUGGUACAUACGUCUCUGGCUCUGACGGCCAGCUGAGCUUCCACGAAGGCCUUCUUGUUCAAGCUCUCCGCCAGGGACAUUGGAUUGUGCUUGACGAAUUGAACUUGGCACCAACAGAUGUUCUUGAGGCUUUGAAUCGCCUUCUCGAUGACAACCGUGAGCUUCUCAUUCCAGAGACACAAGAAAUCGUCCGUCCCCACGAGAACUUCAUGUUGUUUGCAACACAGAAUCCGCCUGGUCUGUAUGGCGGUCGAAAGACGCUCUCUCGUGCCUUCCGAAAUCGGUUCUUGGAGCUACACUUCGAUGACAUACCCGAGGAGGAACUUCACACAAUCUUGCAGGAGCGAAGCCAGAAGGUGGCGCCUUCCGAUUGCAAGAGAAUUGUGGAUGUGUACAAGGAGCUUUCGAGAUUACGGCAAACAAACCGACUCUUUGAGCAGAAAGAUAGUUUCGCUACACUAAGAGAUCUGUUCCGGUGGGCACUCCGAGAUGCCGACAAUAGAGAGCAGCUUGCUGCAAAUGGGUACAUGCUCCUCGGCGAACGGGUCCGAAAUCCGGAAGAGAGAAUCGCAGUCAAAGCGAUCAUAGAGAGGGUUAUGAAAGUCAAAAUUGAACCCACUGUUUUGUACGAUGCAAGCAUAUCUCCUGAGAUCACAGCUUACAACACAACCUCGAAUACACAAGGUGUUGUAUGGACACAAGCAAUGCGGAGAUUAUAUAUCCUUGUUGCACAUGCUCUCCGCAACAAAGAACCGGUGUUGCUGGUUGGAGAGACUGGUUGUGGCAAGACGACUGUUUGUCAGAUGUUGGCAGAUGCAUUCAAGAAGGAACUCCAUAUCGCCAAUGCCCAUCAGAACACAGAGACCGGCGAUCUGAUCGGUGCUCAACGGCCGGUUCGAAAUCGAGCUGGGUUACUGGAGCAGUUGAGGCAGGACCUGAUUGUGGCUCUGAGUUCUCUGGAAAUCAACAUACCCGAUCAGAAUGACCUCGAUCCCUUACUCGCGACUUAUCGAUCUCUCCCAUCCCAGACUAUUGCCCAGAUUUCUGAUGAGCUGAGAGACAGAAUUGCCAGCUGUCUCGUAAAAUCGAAAGCUCUCUUCGAGUGGUCAGAUGGAAGCCUCGUUCAAGCAAUGAAGGAAGGUCAAUUCUUCCUCCUUGACGAAAUCUCCCUAGCAGACGACUCUGUACUCGAGCGACUGAACUCUGUCCUCGAGACACAGCGCACGAUUCUCCUCGCCGAGAAAGGCGUUGAUAACUCUUUCGUCCAAGCUGCAGAUGGUUUCCAAAUCUUUGCAACUAUGAAUCCAGGCGGUGACUAUGGGAAACGAGAACUCUCGCCGGCACUGAGAAAUCGCUUCACCGAAAUCUGGGUUCCAUCGUUAUCUGAGCAUGAAGAUGUUUUCCAGAUCGUGGAAGCUAAAUUAGAUUACGUGUUCAAGCAGUUUGCGGAGGCUAUGGUCCAUUUUGCGGAAUGGUUUGGUCGGACCUACCGCUCUUCUGCUUCGACUUCAAUCUCGGUAAGAGAUGUGCUGGCUUGGGUUAAGUUUAUGAAUUCGUCGAACUCUCCCAACCCAUACUUUGCCGUUCUCCAUGGAGCUGCUAUGGUUUAUAUCGACACCCUUGGUGCCAAUCCUGCAGCACUGCUGGCGAUCAAUUCUGAAAGCAUUCGAGAGGAAAGAGCAAAGUGUUUACAACAGCUAAGCGCACUUCUUGGGCACGAAAUCCAACCAAUCUACUUCAAGGCGAUUGGGCUUGUCAACGACGACGAUCUUCUCACCAUAGGCGACUUCUCAAUCCUGAAGCAGGCUGGCGCAAGUGCCGAUCCUGGCUUUGCAUUCGAAGCUCCAACUACGAAGCUGAAUGCUAUGAGAGUCAUCCGGGCUCUCCAAGUCCAGAAACCUAUCCUUAUCGAAGGCAGUCCGGGCGUUGGGAAGACUACUCUGAUCGCCGCACUUGCUCGUUCAUGUAACAGACACCUCACUCGAAUCAACCUUUCCGAGCAAACAGAUCUCAUGGAUCUGUUUGGGUCUGACGUCCCAGUCGAGGGUGCAGAAGCAGGACACUUUGCCUGGCGAGAUGCACCAUUCCUCCAAGCGAUGCAGAAGGGCGAAUGGGUCUUGCUCGACGAGAUGAAUCUCGCCUCGCAAUCUGUUCUGGAAGGUCUCAACGCCUGUCUGGAUCAUCGUGGCGAAGUCUACAUUUCUGAACUCGACCAAACAUUCAAGUGUCACCCCAAUUUCGCCGUCUUUGCCGCCCAGAAUCCGCAUCACCAAGGCGGUGGCAGGAAGGGAUUGCCAAGUUCUUUCGUCAACCGUUUUACUGUGGUGUAUGCUGACGUGUUUAGGAACGAUGAUCUUCAACUAAUUUGCAGGCACAACUUUCCCUCGAUGUCUCUGGAUUUGGUCAACACGAUCAUCAACUUUGUCUCUCAGCUGGAGCAAGAGGUUGUCCACAAGCAUCGAUUUGGUUCUCAGGGUGGACCUUGGGAAUUCAACCUUCGUGACAUUCUUCGCUGGCUUCAAUUAUUGACCUCCUCUGCACCGUUGCUUGCAGCUGCAACUCCCUCCGACUUUCUAAACCUGGUCUUCCGACAAAGGUUUAGAACAUCAAGAGAUCGUCAGGAAGUUGACAAGAUCUUCGCAUCAGCUUUGGGGUGCGGUUUUCCGUUCCGCCAUUUCUUCCACAACACGAGUCCAUCUACUUACCAAGUUGGACUCGCAUAUCUGCCACGAGAUCCGCUCAUUCAACCGUUGCCUUUUCCCGCAGUGGACUUUGCCAAUCGUCUUCCAGAAAUCGAGUCCAUCAUGAUCUGUAUCCAGCAGAAUAUCCCAUGUAUCUUGGUCGGGCCAUCUGGCUGUGGGAAGACCACUAUCCUUCAACACAUAGCCGCCACUGCCGGAGAAUCCCUCGUUGUAUUCCCACUCAAUGCGGAUAUUGAUACCAUGGACCUUGUUGGCGGCUUUGAACAAGUUGAUCCUCAGAGAGCGGCAAGCGCCUUCCUCGACCAGCUCAAUUCGUUCCUCAAGAACAAGGUCUUGACGUCUUUGCCGUCCGGCAUUCCAGACGACGCAAUUGCUUUGCUUGAGCUUUUGAAAGAUAAUAAUGCUGCGUCUGGAUCGUAUUUCUCCCAGCUGGAGCCGCUUCUUCGUUCUCUGCAGACCAGAACAUCCCUCUCAGAAUUUGGCACCUUAGCAGACACCUGCCGACGAUUUUCCGAUAUCCCAAUGACUCUUGAGAAUGCUCGAUUCGAAUGGGUUGAUGGAGUUCUUGUCAAAGCCCUGGAGCAAGGCAAAUGGCUCGUUCUCGAUAAUUCUAAUCUAUGCAGUGCUUCUGUGCUUGAUCGAUUAAACUCGCUGCUUGAGCCGAACGGCUUUCUCAGCAUCAAUGAGCACUGCGGGCCAAAUGGCGAGCCGAAAGUUGUUCGACCACAUCCUGAUUUUAGGGUCUUCUUGACGAUGGAUCCGAGAUUUGGGGAGUUGUCGAGAGCAAUGAGAAAUCGUGCAGUCGAGAUUUUCGUUGAGCCAUUGCCCGCUGAGGCCGUUCAACCUGCCGUGGCUCUUGCAACAAGACCCGAGGCAACUAUGCAGAGAUAUCAGAAUGUCCUCCAAUCACUAGAGACAUCCGGCGUGGUCCCUGGAGAAUCGCCGCUGCUCCAGCAAGUGGCGUUGGACAACUUGUCCUGGUCAGAUGUGACUGUGUUCUCGCGUUUCUCAACCGUUCUCGGGAGGUCGAGCCUUGCAGUCGACUACCCCAAGCUUUAUUCCACUUAUUCACAGAUCUACAAUUCCCCGCCAUUUCAGAACUUCAGAGGAGCAGUUGGGGAAAUGCUUGGCACACUUGCAAGUAAAUCCAGUCUGGCACCAGCGGCCUUCAGAGACGCACAGAUCAUCCAUCCACUCCAAAACUCUCCUUUGGUUCCCUUGCUCUUACGGUCCAAUAAUUCGGAGAGAGUAUUCUGGCUUGGCGCUGUGUUUGACCUCAUGAUUGAGAGCAGUGCUGCCCGUUGGGCUGAAAUCGGUCAAAAUGCCGAGAUUGAGGCGUUGAAGCCGAGUCAGAUGAACAGGUUGCAGAGAUCACUGGUGCGAUCGAGGGUUCCUGCUGUGACGAAGGACUCGACUGUCAACAUUUCCAAUUUCCUGAGGCAUACUCUUGAGGCUCUGGAGAGCUACCUUCAAAGCCACACUAAUGCAAACUCGGACUGGGAGACCAAAAGUAAAGCUCUCAAGUCUCUCCUUCGAUACUGGUGGGAUACCUUCAAUCUAGCCACUUCGACGCAUUUCGAAGAAGCGACUUUCCAAGCCCACCUCACCAUCGGAACCGACCUGCUCUCUCAACUUUCUGUCCAGUUACCGACCGGGGAUGAACAGAUGCAGAUAAUAUCCACCUUCCAAGCCAGUCUUCAAAAUAACUUCUCGUCCAGCUUCAAGCUCACCACUGGUCUCAGCAUGGAGAUCCUCUGGAAAUAUCUCCGGCCUACAGUCAUCUCGAAACGCCAAGUCUUGGACACGGUGCUGCAGAUGGAGCAACUUGCAGCCCGCUUUGAUGCUCUAAGGUGGAAGACUUCGAUCUCUGUCGUUGAGUUGGGGAACAUCAUGGCUUCGCUCAUCAAAGCCUAUCAAAGCAUCCUCACUUCUGAUGGUGAUGGCGCUACUCUUGUGCAGAUCCUUGCUACCGAGAUGGAGAAGUUGGAAACGAGUGUAGGAAGCGAGGAAGGGGGAGUCAUGCCAUUCUUCGCCGCUCAAUUUGAGGCACUGAGACAAUUCAAAACACUCGAACUCAUGACCUCUGAUCGAGGAAAUGAGCACACAGUGGAUAUUGAGACAGCAGUCCUUGCGAAUCAGCCGACAGCUCUCGGCAUGCAUCUCGGCAGUUCGACACAGACCUCACGCUUACUACAGACUGUCAACUAUAUCUGUGGCGUAGGCGAGGGGCUUCAACCUGUCACAGCUGCUUUCUCGUCUUCGAUGCUUGCGAGGUUGAACCAAAUCGCGGAGGUCGACUUGAAAUCACUCAAGCUUCUGGAGGCCGAGCUCCCGAUUAUGGGACAGAAGGCCACUCUUUCAAGUGCCACUUUGUGUAAAGACCAGGUCUUGGUGCUGAACGAUAUUCUUUUGGGACUCAUACCAAGGGUCAUUUCUCUGCAUGGGGAAGAUAUUGGUGUUCUAUUCCAACACUGGUGCCAGCAACUCUCAAAUGCAGAUUCCGAAUCGAUUGAGGAUGUUGCGAUCAGGAUGUCAGCCAUCAAAUUCCCAAUUACGAGCCACUUGGCCGAAGACAUCCCCCUUCAAUUAAAUGAUGUCCUCAAUGUCAAUUUCGGUCCGGCUUUCAACUCGCUCGUCAUGGCAAAACUACAGCCGGCUACCAAUAUGGGAUUUGUAGCUAUGGCUUGGUCAUCCUUCGCUUUGGGUUGUAUCAAGCUAUAUGUUCCAGAUCGCGCUUUCGAUCCGGACAAGAGGCAGCGCUUAGAGCGUCAAAGGCAUUCACAAGUACGUUCGGACUUGCAGAAGAAACUUAAAGCACUUCGGCAAUUUGAGCGACUGUUCUCAGGGCAGGAAUCCAACCUUCGCUGUCAACUUCUGGAAGCCGAGAUAACCGAACUUGGAGAACCACCCGAAGUGUUGCAAGAGAUAUAUCGCCCAGAGAUCUCCGAAAUGGAUCAGCUUCAGGGAGAGUUCAGCAACUUGUUAAAGACAGUUCUGGGUUCGGACAUCCAGACGAUGCUCGCUGACUAUUUUGACAACGGAAAUCCCCACUCUGAGGACUCGUUGCAGCAGAUUCGCCUCAUGCAAUCGAACGUUAAGCAAAUUAUCCGCCGCCUCUCCGAGAGGUUCCGUGCUUAUAAUGACUUGACUGCCCCGGUCAUCAGCAUGCUUCGAUGUCUACAGAUUGGUCUGUCAAUGGCAACGGAGGCUGUGAACCAUCAGGUUGCAAGUGAGAUGCAGGACAAGCUUACCUACACCAAGCUGACGCCUUUCAUGGGUGGUCGUCCGCGUUCUGCCAACGUCGAAAUUCAUCAAGCUCAACUGAUAGAAUAUCUGGAGAUUUUGGCAACAACUGCUGCAAUUGAGAAUCUCUCUUCGUUCGAUUCGAACCUCAGACACUUGCUUCUUAAGACUGUUCAUGAUUUCUAUGAUCAAUAUGCCAAGAAGCUGGAGUCUGAUCGAGUUGAGGCCGAAUCAAAGUCCGGGCUUUAUCGAUUUAGAGGAAGUGCGGAGGAUGAAGAUGAAGACGAUCAAGAGGAGUUCAACGAGUUGUUCCCGUCUUAUGAGGAUGUGUCGGAUAAAGUUGCUGGAGUAAAUUCUUCAAAUUCAGUUCGGGAGACGGCAAUUGAAGUUGCCAGAAUACAUGCUAAUAUCUUUCUGGACAAUACUGCACCUUCAGAAAGUAUUCAUGGUCUCAUUCGAUACAUCUCCAAGCAAAUCGGCUGUCUUCAUGUUGGAAGGCCAACAGCUGAACAACAAAACUUCACGGGCACUUUCCUUCCUGGAACUCUCCUGGUGCUGAAUGAUCAAAUCGAAGCCCUGAGCCCAAAUUCAGUGGUCCCGGAAUCAUACAACUUCUACACCGAUGCCAACCUUCUGGAAACCCGAAAACUCGUCAACCUUGUGCACCAAAUUCAGGCACGCUUUCGGGAACUCCAAGCUGUUGAUGAGAUCGCGCAUAUGCAACCUCUCGCUGACAUCCUUCUCUCAUGCAAAGAACUGUUACAAUUCCGCCACACCGAACCACUUGCCAAGAUCAUCACGAAGGUCGAAAAAGUACACGGCUUCAUGCACGGAUGGCAAUUUGGUGGUUGGGCAAGUCGUGCAAACUCGGCUCUUACGCUGUACGACAACAUUACGUCGACGAUCGUCAACUGGCGAAGACUGGAAUUAUCAACCUGGGCAAAGCUUUUCGAUAUGGAGGCCAAGACAUGCGAUGAUGAUGCGAGGUCUUGGUGGUUCGUGGCGUAUCAAGUCGUUGUUGCUGCGCCACUGCAGAUGUCGGAGUCCGAGGACGAGCUGCGAUCGUAUGCCCAGAAGCUGCUUAAGGAUCUUGAGGCUUACUUCUCGACUGCUAUCAUGGGACAAUUUGUGCAAAGAGUUCAGCUAUUGAAGCAAUUGCAGAAACACCUUGGGCUUGUGGUCAUUGAUUUCCCGGCGAUGUCAAUCGUUCAUGCGGCGCUGACGAAUUUCAUAUCGCUGUACUCUCGGUAUGAGAAGUCAGUCCUAGAGAGUCUCAAGAAAGGAAGAAUUCCGCUCGAGAAGGCUAUGCGCGAUGUUCUGCUCCUUGCAAGCUGGAAAGAUACCAAUAUCGUGGCUUUGAGAGACAGCGCUAAGAGAUCUCAUCACAAGCUUUUCAAAGUCGUGCGGAAGUUCAGAGCUCUUCUUAGUCAGCCUAUGGAGCCAAUUCUCAAGCAAGGACUCCCAGCCGAAGCUGCAUCAGAGGCAAGCCAGCCAAGUUACGAUCCUCCGUUCCAAUUUCCGACAGUUGAUCAAUCUGCUCUUACUCACUGCGCCUCUUCGGUACCCAACUGGCCCCAAAAGAGUAAGCGAUUCAUCAAUGUCUCGAAGACGGUCAGCAUGAUGGCAGACGCAAGCCAGAUCCCCAGGUUUGCUAUCGAAGGCUCAACGUACCUUGACUCCUUCCUCGCAAACAUAAUCACCUCUAUCACCGAGCUACAGAAAGCAACACCUUCGACACUGACAGAAGACAACAAAGAGGCUGUCAAGCAUCUCAAAUCAAGAAAGCGAAAGCUCUUUGCCGAUACCCUGAAAGAGCUUCGCCAAAUGGGAAUCAAGUACAACCUCGGCGUCGACGCGCUAGCGAAACAAGGUAGUUUGUCAAUUGUCCUUGCCAAUACUGGCGUCCUCGAUGAUGUGGGAGUACAAGGAACCGAAUAUUACUUCCACAAGGCGAUUGAUCUUGCACCGAGAGCUAGAGAGGCUGCGAGACAGCAUUCUGAAGAUUUGAGCAGUGCCGAGGUUGCGAGAAGUACCGGCUUCCUCGAGGGUUUGCUGCAGGUUCUGGUGGCGCAGCACGAUUCUUUGUCGAGUGUUGUGGUUGAGAUGGAGAAGCUUCAAGCUGCGGUCAAGAUGGCUGAGGGUCUGUGGGCUCCUGGUGUCUACGGGAUCAAGAACUCCAAAGUAGCAUCAAAUCAUGGCAUGUUAUUGCGAUGGCUGCCUAAUAUCCUGAUCGUUGGCAUGGAUCUGAUCAAGAUACAUGCCAAGCUCAGCAAGGCU